CCAGGACCCCUCCACAAGUAAUUGACGACCAUCUCUCUCGCGGCAAUUUGGUGGGGACUUCAACAGUGUCCGGGGACGACGAAGAUGCAGUGUUCAGCCUCUCUCUAGCAACAGCCGGCCCUUCUCUCUUCUUUUCGUUCCAUAAUUUAAUUCUUUGCGGAUUAAUUCAAUAACUAUGAGCAUCGAACCAUUUAACAGGCUGGUGAAGCUUGCGGCGAGGGCAUUCUACGACGACAUUACAACGAAAGGGGAGAAUCAGCCAAAAACUGGGAGGAGUGAUAACCGAGGAAUUGCUGUGGUGGUGCUUGAUGCUCUCACAAGACGUCAAUGGGUUAGAGAAGAAGAUUUAGCAAAGGACUUGAAGCUGCACUCAAAGCAACUUCGUCGGACUUUACGUUUUUUUGAAGAAGAAAAACUAGUCACACGGGAUCAUAGAAGAGAGACAGCUAAGGGUGCAAAGAUAUUCAGUGCUGCAGUAGCUGCUACAGGUGAUGGUCAACAGGCCCCAAAGGAGGGGGAAGAAAAGAUCAAGCUGCACACACAUUCAUACUGUUGUUUGGAUUAUGCACAGAUAUAUGAUGUUGUGAGGUAUAGACUGCACCGUAUGAAGAAAAAACUAAAAGAUGAACUUGAAAACAAGAACACUGUUCAGGAGUACAUAUGCCCCAAUUGUGGGAAAAGAUAUAAUGCUCUGGAUGCAUUGCGGCUGGUUUCUUUCGAUGAUGAAUAUUUUCACUGUGAAAGUUGCAAUGGGGAACUUGUGGCUGAGAGUGACAAUUUAGCUGCUCAAGAAAUGGGGGAUGGAGAUGACAAUGCUGGCAAGCGGCGGCGUGAAAAAUUGAAAGAUGUCCUUCAAAAGAUGGAGGCUCAGCUUAAACCUUUAAUGGAUCAACUGAGCAGAGUAAAAGAUUUGACUGUUCCUGAAUUUGGAACUCUCCAAGCAUGGGAAGCUCGGGCGAAUGCUGCUGGCCGGGCAGUGAACGGUGAUUCUGGUGCUAAUGAUUCCUCUAAAUCUUCUCAGGGAGGGUAUGGCGCAACACCAAUGCCAUUUCUUGGAGAUACAAAGGUUGAAGUUGCAUUUUCUGGUGUUGCAGUUAAGGAAGAGGAUGCUAAAUCUGAAGCUGCAAGUGCUUCUAUGAAAGUUUUACCACCUUGGAUGAUCAAGCAAGGGAUGAACCUUACAAAAGAGCAACGUGGAGUGGCGAAACAGGAGACAAAGAUGGACGGCAGUUCUGCACCUGUUGGAUUACCUGAGGACAAGAAGUCUGCAAUUGAAAAAGAUGAUGAGAAGAAUAUACAGGAUGAAUAUGUUAAAGCAUAUUAUGCUGCUAUACUUCAGAGGCAGCAGGAAGGAUUAGUUGCCAAGCAGCAGCAGGAAUUGCCUAACGCACAUGUUGAAAACAAUAUCUCUAGCACAUCUGAUCGUCAAGUUGGCAUGAAGUCCAAACGAGAAGAAGAUGAGGGAGAUGAAGAUGUUGAAUGGGAAGAAGCUCCACCUGCAGGCAAUGCAGGUGCAAGUUACAAGGUUAAUGACUUGAAUGCUGCAGCUGAUGCUUCAGAAGACGAGGAUGACGAUAUUGACUGGGAGGAGGGUUGAGUCCUGUUUCUUUCUCUCAUUUUUCUGUAGAAAGGGAUUAGUGGGUGUUUUAUUUUUUAUCUGGAAGAUUUUUAUGAGCAACGAUGGGAGCAGAUUGCUUCUCGAGAUCUUGUUUCUUGUUAUCCCAGGUGUACCACUUAAAGCCCUAGUGCCUCCAACAGGUUUCUAAAAUAUCUGUUCAUCUUCAUCCCCAGUGUGAUGAGCUAUUUCUCUGUACCAAUAGUUAAGUGUUGGAAUAAGAAUUGUUUUGAAUUCAA